AUGUCUAACAUAUCUAUACAUAGUCUACAGCCCCCUUCUAAUGGGAAUGACAAUCACAGUGCAUCUCCAAUACCUAUACUACUAAAAUUGAAUCAAGAUAUCUUAACUCAUCUAAAGAAUAGUCUGAUUAAUGGUAAUAAUGUUAAAUUAAUAGUAAAUCAAGGUAAUUAUUCAAUUAGGAUAUCGGAUAAUUUGGAAUUCCCAUGUAUGAAAUUGCCUGAAACUUUAAAUGUCGAUUUAUAUUCCCUUAACUCCAGUAAAUCAAGUCAAUAUCAAGGAAGAAUUCAAACAAGAUUAAAUGUAAUAACUGAUUCUAAAAAGAUAAAGCAGAUUGUCAAUACUGCUGCUGCUGCUGCUACCACCACUUCAUCUCAAUCAACACCAUUUGCAUCACCUAUGAUAGGUACUACACCUUCAAUACCUUCUGUUCCAUCAACUCCAUUACAACCGACAAAAAUUAAUUAUAAUAAUUAUAGCAUAAACAAUGAUUCACAAGAUAUGAUUGUUAAGAAAUUCAUAUAUUUAUUGGCACUUGGUCCUAUUUCAUAUAAUAAAAUUACUCAAUAUCUAAAUUAUCAAAAUAUUGGACCAUUAAUAGAUGAAUAUACUCAAAUUUAUGAUCCUCGAGAUACAUUUAUCCAAGAUGAUAUAUUCCCCAAUGGAGCCACUUUAUCUACUUCAAAACAAUAUAUAUUAAAAGAUAAAUCAUAUAAAGAUUUAUUAGUAUGGAAAUGGACAAGUUAUGGAGAUUAUGAACGGAAUUUAAUUAUUAAUAAUAUAAAUAGAGCAUUAUCAAGAUUGGGAUAUUCAAUUACUCAUCCAUUAAGAAAAAAAUUAUGUGAACCUCCUGCCCCAGAAUCAUCAGAAUUGGAUAAUAAUAGUGAAGAUGAUCAAGAUAAGAAAUCAAUUAGAUUAGGUGGGGCAAUACUUGGAAGUAAUACCAAAAAUUCAAAGAAAUCAAAAAUCGUAUCCAAGAGAGUAAUAUCUAAUUCUUCCGAUGAUGACGAUAAGCUAAAGAACUCACAAUCAUCAAUAAGAUUGGAUGUGACCAAAUCUCAAUCCCUUCCAAUUAAAUCAAACAAAAGAAAACUUUCAAGUUCAAGUAUAGGUUCAUCCGAUGAUGAUGGGUCCAUAUCUUCUUCAAGUUCCUCCGGUUCUACAUCCUCGUCGAAGAAGAUCAAAUUAGAAUUCACGUCUGGUAACGUUACUUCCCCAUCAUCAGAAGAAGAUGAAACUGUUCUUCCAUCAACUCCAAUAUCUGGUAGCAAUCGACAAUUAACUCCGUCGAUUCCGAAUUCUUCUCAUGGGAAAAAAUUGGAAUAUUAUACAAAUUUAGCCAUGAAAUUUAAAUCAAAAUAUCAAGAAUAUUCUAAUUUAUAUUUAUCCCUUCAAUCAACCACCAAUAAUACUACUAGUACUAAGAAGGAAAAAUUGGUAAAAUUAUUUGAAUUACAUCAAUUAUUAAGUAAAUGGAAGAAAUUAUUAUGGGAUUUUGAUCGAGAAUCGAAAGAAAAAAAGGGUAAUCAAUUUAUGCUGUUAAAUAAACAUAAAUUAAGUGAAUCUAUUACUACUACUGGUGGUACCGGUGCUGGACGUAUUCAAAAACCCAAAGUUAAUGGAAAUGGAAAUUCUUCUUCAAAGAAGAAAACUAAACAACUUUUGGAUUAUUGA